AUGGCAUUAGCUCCAAGGCCAGGCUUUAGUCGUGGCAGGUUAAUAGAAAGCUAUUUUUUGUCUGUUGGAAUGGCACCAUUGAAUCCCAAAUUCAGUGAUCUCCAUAAAGGUUUAACUAAAGUGUUCUCCCUAAUAACUUUAAUUGAUGACAUUUAUGAUGUACAUGGAACUUUAGAUGAAUUAGAGCUUUUCACAACAGCAGUAGAAAGUUGGAAUAUUGAUGCAGUUAAAAUUCUUUCGGAGUACAUGAAGAUAUUCUUUUUAGCACUCUACAACACUGUCAAUGAAUUAGCAUACGAUGCACUUAAAGAAAAUGGACAUGACAUCCUUCCCUACCUCGUCAAAGCGUGGUCCGAUAUGUUGAAAGCAUUCCUACAAGAAACGAGGUGGUGUUAUGAUAAACACAUGCCAAAAUUUGAUGACUACCUCAAAAACGCAUUGGUGUCUAUCUCAGGUGUUGUUUUACACAUACAUUCCUAUUUUCUACUAAAUCAUACCAUCACAAAGGAAGGACUUGAGUACUUGGAAAAUAUCCAUAUGGUGUUGAAGAGACCAUCCAUUAUCUCUAGACUUUGCAAUGAUUUUGCAACUUCAUCGCCGGAGUUUAAAAAAGGUGAAACAGCAAAUUCUAUUAUGUGCUACAUGAAUGAAAAUGAUGUUAGUGAGGAGGUUGCUCACACACACAUCCAGAAUUUUAUUAAUGAAACAUGGAAGAAGAUGAACAAAGACCUAGUUACAAAUUCAAAUUUCCCAAAGUAUUUUCUAGAAACAUUAAUCAACCUUGCAAGAAUUUCUCACUUAAUAUAUCAAUAUGAUGGGCUUGGAGCACCAAAGACCAUAGUAAAGAAUCAAAUAAAGGAGUUAAUAUUUGAACCCAUUAAUUAA